AUGGAGAGCAACAAGGACGAAGCCCUCAAAUGCCUCGCAAUCGCCCAGCGGCGCAGGGACGCGGGCGACCUCCCAGGGGCCCGCCGCUUCUGCCAGAAGUCCCUCGCCCUCUUCUCGACGCCAGAGGCGACCAAGCUUCUCAAUGCCAUCGAGGCCGACACUGCGUCCGCGGACUCAGCCGAGGCGUCGUCAUCGAGCUCGAGCGCGGGCACACCCGUCUGCGUCGGGCGCGCGACACCGACAUACGGGUCCGCUGCGGGAUCUGGGCCGAAGGCGAAUGGGAAUGCGGCGAAGGGCGCGGAGGAGGUGAAGCGAGAUUACACGCCUGAGCAGGCGGCGGUGGUCAAACGGGUGCGGGCGUGCAAGGUUACGGAGUACUAUGAGAUUCUCUCGGUGAAGAAGGAUUGUGAGGAGGCGGAGAUCAAGAAGGCUUAUCGUAAGUUGGCACUUUCGUUGCAUCCGGACAAAAACGGUGCACCAGGAGCAGAUGAGGCCUUCAAGAGUCAUGUCCCCCGGUCUCACCACCCUUGCAUAGAUCCGCAAAAGCGAGCCGUGUAUGAUCAACAUGGCUCAGACCCAGAAUCGCGCUUCAGCGGCAUGUCAUCUGCUGGUCGUGCACCAUCAGGGUUCGCCACGACCAACGGAUUCAGAGGCGGUGGAUUCGAGGGCGAAAUUAGCCCCGAGGAUCUGUUCAACAUGUUCUUUGGUGGCGGUGGUGGUCAAUUUGGGGGCGGAUUUGGCGGGGGCCCUGUCUUUUCAGCAUCGUUUGGUCCUGGUGGCUUCAGAACGACGAAUGUACGGACCAACAUGCGACAAGCACCGCCACAAGCCGCAGAGCAGCGGUCAACGUUCUUCCAGCUCCUCCCGCUCAUCCUCCUCUUCGCCGUCUCCUUCCUCAAUUUCCUCCCCAACCUGUUCGGCACGCCCGCCACGCCCGACCCGCGCUUCUCGUUCUCACCGUCAAUGCGGUAUAACAUGGAGCGGCAGACGGGCGGGCUGGGUGUCAAAUACCACGUCAACUCGGGCGAGUUCUCAGGGCACCCGGUUGCGGCGGAGCUGGCGCGCAACGGGAACAAACCCGGGCCCGAACUGAGCAGGUUCGAGAAGACAGUGGAGCAGGUGUUCACGCAGGACCUGUACUCGCAGUGCCAGCGCGGGCUGGACGUGAAGCAGCGGAAACGGGACCAGGAGCUCGGGCUGUUUGGGCUUGGGACGGACUGGGAGAAGGUGAAGCGCAUCGAAGCGGAGCCUGUCCCGAGUUGCGAGCAGCUGAAGAGCAUGGGUCUCAUCAAGUAG